CAACAAGCACUACUUCAAGUCUACUUAUACUCAGAGCUAGCGCAUCCUCCAGACGACGCGUCCUCUCCUUGGAUGCACGUCAGGGCAUGGCUCCUACUGUCUGCCAUCGCGGCGACAGCAGCAGCAUCAUCAGAAAACGCGCAAGUCGUCGCACCAACAGGCAUGAAGCAUCAUUGCGAGGCUAUCCAUAGCUCGCCCGACCGAUGCAAGUAUGCGCGCAAGUACUGCAGCCCCAACGCAGCUGGCAUGGUGGAUUAUAUAUCUUGGUACUAUUGUGAUAUGGCAGAAACACCCGCUCUGGGCUUUGGUAUCCUUGCAGCAUGGACAGCCAUGCUCUUCAGUACUAUCGGUAUCGCCUCGAGCGAUUUCUUUUGUCCAAACCUUGCAACCAUUGCCAAUAACUUGGGCAUGAGCCAGAGUGUCGCGGGCGUGACCUUUCUCGCCUUUGGCAAUGGUAGCCCCGAUGUCUUUUCAACAUUCGCCGCUUUUAAGGCGCAUAGCGGCAGUCUAGCAAUUGGCGAAUUGCUCGGCGCCGCUGCUUUCAUCACGAGUGUCGUGGCAGGGGCCAUGGCCAUCAUCUCUCCCUUCAAAGUUUCUCGGCGGAGCUUUUUGCGCGACGCAGGUUUCUUCCUUGUGGCAGUCAUGAUGACGAUGGUGCUUCUCGCGGAUGGCAGACUGCGGCUCUGGGAAUCAGUCCUCAUGAUUGUGUUUUAUGUUUUAUAUGUUGCCUAUGUGCUCCUUGGUACAUGGAUUCACGGUACCCAGACAAAGGCGAAGGUGAACGACUCGCGUAUCCGAGGCCAAUACGCACCAGCGGGCGAAGAGCCCAGACCAGAUAUUGACAGCGACGAUGAUGAAGCUGCGUUGCUGGAAAAUGAUAUCAAUGCUCUGGAACGAGGCAAUGAAAGUGACGAAGACAAUGCCUUGGUGGAGAGCUACAUUGACAUCAACACAAGCAUGAGCAUCACCGGCAAACCUUACAAUUCGGCAAAGAACUCUGUGCGACCUUCACUGCUCGGUGCACUCGAGUUUCGAUCACUCAUGUCGUCUGAUGAUGGCAUCAGUCCAACACUUCCCUCAAAAAGACGGAGAACACGCGCAGGAAGUACAGUUUUGCAACCUAGACAACGAACAUUCAGCAGCAAUACUAUAUCGGGUAAUCAAUCCCUCUCGCCAAGCAUCAUCGACGAUGCUUGGGCAAAAGGCGGUGGCGAAGGCAGAAUAUCGCUGCCCGGACGGACGCCCUCGCGGUGUUCGAGCCGAUCAGAUCAGGAAACACCUUUUGAGGAGAUUGCGUCCUCAUCACUGCGGAAACAAAAUCCUAUUGAAUUACUGCCAAGUGCUGUUCAGUCGCCUGCAGCGCCGCCACCAGCACUGAAGAUCAGCGCACCGGAUGGUCACGACUUGGAGGAAAAUCCAUUCGCUGAAGCUUGGAAACACAGCAGCGAGGCGACCAGUAUAGCGCCCUUGUCUCCAGCUCAAACGUAUGAGGCCAUGGGAGAAACACAUCGGGGGCCACUACAUGUCGACGUUCCGUGUGCAGAGACAAUGACGGAUUAUGCACACGAUCAUCGUGCUCCUGGACAGGCAUGGGUUCCCCGGUACUGGCCAAGCAGUGUUCUACCGCCACCCAUUGAACUUCGUGGCCUACUCUUUCCCACACUCACUGGCUUUCAAACGCAAUCGUGGACAUCGCGCAUCUUGUCAAUUCUUGCGCUGCCGUCAGUUUUUGUACUGAGCAUCACAUUACCAGUCGUCAAUCCGCCCGUUAAUCAGCGCGACGCAGAACGCAGUGAAGAAGCAGCUGCAGAUACGCCUGUCUCCGUUUCAAAGGACGACGCACACAGAAUCACGGCGCAUCGUGGCUGGAACCAUUGGCUGACCUGUGUGCAAUGUCUGUUAGGUCCUUUGCUGCUCUCAACAACACUUUAUGUGGGUGAGAGUAUGUGGAUACCGUUGCUGGUGGCGGCCAUUGUCGGCUUGGCCUGCUUGUCACUAACUUUGACCUUUACACGCGCAGACAAGCGGCCGCGCUACCAUUCUUGGCUCUGCUUUGUUGGUUUCAUCAUUUCAGUGACGUGGAUUUCCACUAUUGCCAAUGAAGUGGUGGGUACGCUACAAGCGUUUGGUACGAUCCUUGGCAUCAGCGAUGCGAUUCUUGGAUUGACAGUCUUUGCCGUUGGUAAUUCCCUUGGCGACUUUGUGGCCGAUGUGACUGUUGCUCGUAUGGGCUUCAGUCAAAUGGCCAUCUCUGGCGUCUUUGGAGGACCAAUGCUCAACAUUCUGAUUGGUAUUGGCAUUUCCGGCAUCUACAUCAACCUCACCAAACAUCACGUCUACAAUGCGUCCAUCUCACCGACUCUCAUUGUGUCUGGUGCAAGUUUGUUGGUGACUUUGUUGGUAUUGCUCGUUGCUGUACCACACAACAAUUACAUGAUGACACGUGGACUCGGUGUAGCGCUCUGUUGUAUCUUUUUGGUUGGUAUGAUCACUUCCGUUUUGGUGGAGAUGUACAUCUAGCAUGCUAUAGCGAACUCAUAAACUUUGAUGAUAAAAUAUGUUGCAGGCCAUCAAAACUUG